AUAGACACUGCCCCUUUCAGAGAGGAGUUGCCCAAUGAUAAAACAGCAUAUAAAAAGACAAGGAGUUGUGUUGAGUGAUUGACCGAAGAAGAAGAAGAAAGAUCUUUUUUUGCCUCAGAGAAUCCAGGAGACUCCAUUAUGGCAGGGAAACCAAGGCUUCACUACUUCAAUGGCCGAGGCCGGAUGGAGUGUAUCCGGUGGCUCCUGGCUGCCGCUGGAGUGGAGUUUGACGAGAAGUUUAUCGAAAACCCAGGAGACUUGCAGAAGUUAAAAACUGAUGGGAGUCUGGUAUUCGAGCAAGUGCCAAUGGUUGAAAUUGAUGGAAUGAAGUUGGUACAGACCAGAGCCAUUGUCAACUACAUCGCCAACAAAUACAACCUCUAUGGGAAAGACAUAAAGGAGAAAGCCCUGAUUGAUAUGUACGCAGAAGGUGUGUUUGACCUGGGUGAAUUGAUUUUGACUCUGUCAAUAUGCCCACCUGCCGAAAAAUCUGCCAAGAUCGCCGUGAUCAAAGAUAAAGCAACAAAUCGUUACUUGCCUGCUUUUGAGAAGGUGCUGAAGAGCCACGGCCAAGAGUACAUGGUGGGCAAUGCCCUGAGCAAGCUGGACAUCCACCUGGUGGAGCUGCUGUACUACGUGGAGGAGUUGGAGCCCAGCCUCCUGAACAACUUCCCUCUGCUGAAGGCCCUGAAAAGCAGGAUCAGCAGCCUCCCAAAUGUGAAGAAGUUUCUGCAGCCAGGGAGCCAGAGGAAGCCUCCCAUUACCGAGGCGCAACUAGAGGAAGCGAAGAAGAUUUUCGGUAUUAAAUAAAGCAAAAUUCCGCCUGUCAUCACCCCAAGUUUUCUAGCACUGCCUUCGCCUGAAUGUCAAGUUUGUUUGUUACGAGACCCUUAAACGAGGUCAAUGUCUUCAUGUCCAUUAAAGAAUGACAUUCCUCUGA